AUGGCGCCCCCGGCCGAACUCCUCAACCUCGACGUUGAGGCGAUAUCGGGGAUCCUCGGCUCCAUAUCAAUAGCAUGCUGGGUCGUUGUCUUCUCCCCGCAGAUCAUCGAAAACUUCCGGCGUUCCUCGGCCGACGGCUUAUCCAUCCAAUUCAUCAUCAUCUGGCUAACCGGCGAUGUCUUCAACAUCCUGGGUGCCGUCCUUCAGGGUGUCCUGCCGACCAUGCUGAUUCUGGCUAUUUACUACACCAUUGCCGACGUGGUGCUUUUGGCGCAGUGUUUCUAUUAUCGGGGCCACCACCUUGGAGCAGCCGGAGGCGAUCUCGGCCCCUACGACGGCACCCGCGAACGUCGCGGCUCUAACUGGUCUCAUCUCUCGCCUGUCGUCCCCUUAAUUGACCCCGCCGACCUCGAAGCCGACAUCCUGCACCAGCCGCGCCGUGGCAACGGCAACAACCGAUCGCGACCUACUAAUGCCGGUCCCACGAAGCUGCAAUCCUUAUUGUUCAACCUGUUCGCCAUCCUAAUGGUUUGCGCCGCCGGCGUCAUGGGCUGGUUUUUGUCUAGGGAGUAUUACCCCCAACAACAACAACAGCCAUCGACUGAACUUCCUUCUCCCGGUUCCGGCUCUGGACCAAAGGAUGGCAGUGGCAGUGCCAGCGGCGGCCGAGUCGAAUUCUCCCUCUGGGGCCAAAUCUACGGCUACCUCUCCGCCGUUCUGUAUCUUGGCUCCCGCCUGCCACAAUUGCUGCUUAACUUCCGACGCAAGUCCACCGAGGGCGUGUCGAUGUUAUUUUUCCUGUUCGCCUGCCUCGGUAACUUGACUUAUGUGCUGUCGAUCCUGGCCUACGACGGCUCGGCGGAGUGCGCGGCUGGUCCGGGCGAUUGUGAUAACGGGGAGGAGGGCAGGAUUUACUGGCGCUAUGUGCUGGUGAAUAUGAGCUGGUUGGCGGGAAGCGCGGGAACGUUGUUUCUGGACGGGGCGAUUUUCGUGCAGUUCUUUUUGUAUAAUAAGGACGAGUUUUAUGAGGAUGAGGAUGAGGAGUGGGAUAGUGGGAGUGAGAGUGGGAGUGACGGGAGUGGGAGUAGUUCUGUGAUUAGUGAGAGGAGUGGAAGGGUUAGUGAUGAGGAGGAUGGGGGAAUGGGGGGCGGUGCAGAGCAGGGCCAGGAAAGUGAUGGGAGGGGAUGGGAUAGUGAUGAUGAGAGGAGUAAGUUGGAUGAGGAUGAGAUGAGGGGUCGGAAGAGGAGGGCUGAGAGGGAUGCAAGAGUGAGGGGAGGUGUGGCUGCUGGUGCCGGUGCGGGUGGAACUGAGAGUGGGAGGAUAUGA